AUGGUGAACUUUGUCCUUCCUAUUCGUAUCGCACAAGUCAUUCUCGCCCUGCUUGUGCUCGGUACAGCUGGAUAUGUCGCCCACUCGUACUCCAGCUCACCCUCCGAGAUCAACUUCCUAGUAUUUACUGCAGUCUGGACGCUACUCGCCCUGAUCUAUCUCACCCUCACAUCAUGGAAGUUCGAACGCUUUGCUCAUCCCUGGAUCCUCUGUGGUGUCGAGAGCUUGACAAUGCUCUUCUGGUUCGCCGGAUUCAUUGCCGCAGCAGUCUUCCUCAGCGACCUCAUUACUUGUGCCGGAAAGGCUUGCAGUUCCGCUAAGGCCGCGACCGUCUUUGCCGCCUUCGAGUGGGUAUUGUUUGCCGUUACAACAGCCUUGGCCGUCAUGGCUGUGUUAGGCAGAGGUCGUGCCACCAAGGCAGGCCCAAACACCAUGGGAGCCUAG